GCGGAGGGGUCUGAGAGGAGCUGCCGCUGCAGAUUCGCCCGGAGCGGAGAGCUUCGGAGCCUGGGCGCAGCCCGGGAUCGCGCCGCCGUCACCCGGGAGCCGCUCGCUUCCCCGGCCCGGGCCUGAGCGCUGCCGGCUGGGCCAUGGCAGCCGCCGCGCCCGGGGGCCGUCGCUGAGCAGCCGUUAAGCCGCCCGCCCCGGUCCGGCCCGCGCCGCCGCGGCCCAGGCUGCGCUCAAGUUUCCGGCCAGAAGCCGAGGCGACCGCGGGCCCGGAGCUCCCGGCUCGCCCGCUCGCCCGCUAUGUGGGGCCGUUUCCUGGCCCCGGAGGCUGGCGGCCGGGACAGCCCCGGCGGGGCCCGCAGCUUCCCUGCGGGCUCAGAUUAUUCAUCAGCAUGGUUGCCUGGUAAUGAAUCAUUGUGGCAGGCCACAACUGUUCCAUCCAACCAUCGAAGUAACCAUAUUAGAAGGCACAGUAUAACAUCGGACAGUGGAGAUACUGGCAUUGGCACUUCCUGUUCUGAUAGUGUGGAAGAUCAUUCAACUUCAAGUGGCACAUUAUCUUUUAAGCCUAGUCGAUCGUUGCUCACUCUUCCCACUGCCCAUGUGAUGCCAUCUAACUCCACUGCUUCAGGUUCCAAACACAGGGAGUCUUCUUCAGCAUCAGAUGGCUCGAAGUGGAGCACAAGCAUCAUGCAAACCCUGGGAGACCAUGGUAGAGGGGACCAGGACUCCUCACUAGACAUGAAGGACUUCAGGCCCCUCCGGAAAUGGUCAUCUUUGUCCAAACUUACUGCCCCGGAUAACUGCAGCCAGAGUGGCAUUGUAUACACAGAAGAGCUGAGGAAUGGCUUGGAAAAGACAGGGAAGGGCAAGGCUUUCACAUACCACUUAAGGACCUUUGGGCCUAGUUGCUUACAUGACAGUAUGGAGAUGCUUAAGCUGGAAGACAAGGAAAUAACUAAAAAGCGGUCAUCAACUCUGGACUGCAAGUAUAAAUUUGAGAGCUGCAACAAAGAGGAUGUCAGAGCUUCUUCCUCUGCUCUUAGGAGACAGACUGUAGACAUGACAUACAGUGCCUUACCUGAGAGCAAGCCCAUUGUGACAGGCUCAGAGGCUUUUGAGUCUCCAAAGUAUCUAAUGCUGGGCCAGCAAGCAGUAGGUGGAGUUCCCAUUCAGCCUUCUGUGAGGACUCAGAUGUGGCUUACAGAGCAGCUAAGGACAAACCCAUUGGAAGGCAGAGCCACAGAGGAUUCUUACAGUUUAGCUCCCUGGCAACAGCCACAGACUGAAGAGUUUCAACAAGGAAGUGAAACACCAAUGCAGGUUUUGACUGGAUCAUCUCGUCAGAGUUACUCACCUUCUGGCUUUCAGGAUUUUAGUAAAUGGGAAUCAGUGCUGAAAAUAAAAGAAGGACUUCUAAGGCAGAAAGAAAUUGUAAUUGACAGGCAGAAGCAACAAAUUAACCACCUACAUGAAAGGAUAAGGGAUAAUGAACUGCGGGCACAGCAUGCCAUGCUAGGACAUUAUGUAAAUUGUGAAGACUCUUAUAUGAGUAGUUUACAGCCACAAUAUGAGAGCAGUUCAGUCCAGACUCCAUUUUCAGAGCAGUCAUUGUCCCAUCCCCAACAAGAAGAACUUGAACAGAAGCUAGCAUCUACUGAGAAAGAAGUUUUACAGCUCAAUGAGUUUCUCAAGCAAAGAAUAAACCAAUUUAGUGAAGAGAAGAAGAAAUUGGAGGAAAAGCUGAAAACCAGAGAUAGAUACAUCAGCAGCCUGAAAAAGAAAUGCCAGAAGGAAUCUGAGCAAAACAAAGAAAAGCAAAGAAGAAUUGAGACCUUGGAAAAGUACCUGGCAGAUCUUCCAACUCUAGAUGAUGUACAGAGUCAGAGCCUCCAGCUGCAAGUUCUUGAAGAAAAAAACAAGAAUUUGCAAGAGACUUUGAUAGACACAGAGAAGAAGCUUGAGGAGAUUAAGAAACAAUGUCAAGAUAAAGAAACACAGCUACUGUGCCAGAAGAAGAAGGAAAAGGAGCUGGUGACUUCUGUUCAGAGCUUACAACAAAAAGUAGAAAAAUGCCUUGAAGAUGGAAUUCGCCUCCCCAUGUUAGAUGCAAAACAGCUUCAAAGUGAAAAUGAUCAUCUCAGAGAGCAGAAUGCGACUGCUAGUAAGAUAAUAGAGAGCCAGCAGGAUGAAAUUAACAGAAUGAUUUUAGAAAUUCAGUCUAUGAAAGGGAAACUUUCUAAAGAGAAACUGACUACACAGACUGUGGUGGAAGAGCUAGAAAGGAAAGAAGGAAGCCUCCAGAAGUUGACAGAAGCAUUGCUAGAAAACCAAAGACAAACAGGGGAGACAAACUCUUUACUGGACCAGGGCCAGGAAGCAGAGAAGUCUAGGCUGCAGACCAUUCAUUCUAAGUGGCCUCUGUUUGAUUUGACUGUGAUUGAUCAGCUUUUCAAGGAAAUGUCCUAUUGUUUGUUUGACUUGAAAGCGUUGUGCAGUAUUCUUAACCAACGAGCUCAGGGCAAGGAGCCUAAUCUCUCAUUAUUACUGGGAAUCAGAUCAAUGAACUGUGCAGCUGAGGAGACUGAAAAUGACCACAGCCCAGAAACGCUCACUAAAAAGCUCUCAGAUGUGUGCCAGUUACGGAGGGACAUUGAUGAAUUAAGGACUACAAUAUCAGACCGCUAUGCUCAGGACAUGGGAGACAACUGCGUUACCCAGUGACCAAGUGUUGGUCCACAGCAACAAUGACCCUUGUGAAAAGCUGCUGUGUUGGACUCCUUUGUUUCUCUUUAGGACAGACAAGGGAAAGGUGAAGCUUUCUGCCGUUCACUUCAGCUGUGUUGUUGUUACGUUUGCUUUCCUGAGGAAGUUUUGAGGGGACUGAUGAGAUCACGCAAACAAAUCACGUUACUAUUUGAAAAAUGAGAUAAAGCCUGCAAGAAAAAGAACAAAAUAACCUGUAUCUUCAAACUACUGAUUGUAGGACCAAGCUGUGAACAGUGCCCUUCAGAUAAAGAUGUAGGAUUUCCUUUGCUCCUGUAACUUUGUCUAUAUACAUGUGAGUGCUCAUUCAUUCUCUCGCUUGCUCACUCUGUCUCGUGUGUAAAUGCCCGUGCACGUGCAUUUGCAUAUGCAUGGACUUAAUCCACAAAAUAGUAGGAUUUCAAGGGUCAAAGCAAAGCUUUGAAAGGCACACUCUUAAUUCUACAUUUUAUAUAGAACCAUGUGUUACAUUUUGAAAUUUUUAUUGGCAGGCUGACUAGAUCCAGUACCAGUGGGCUGUUCUCAUGUACAAGGGCAGCAAGAUAAAUCAUUUGUGUUUUCAAAAGUGACUGUAUUGAGGUGUGUGGAGUAAAGUUGGCCGGAUAAUUGCGCUGAAAACAGACCAGCUAUUUUUUCCAGAGUGCUUCUAGAUUGUCUCAGCAGUGUGAAACUUUAAUGUGGUGAUCUUUUCAUUGGCAUUGUAAUUUUUAUAUAUAUAAGAAAAAGUAAUUGCGGUUAAUUUCAGCAUACUCAGUACUAUUUGCAAUUUUUAUUUAUGAUAUAUAUGCAAGCCAAGCCAUAUAUAAUUAAUAGAAGUCCUCUGAGGCCUCCAUUGACUGUUAUAAAAAGACAGAUGGCAAAGUAGCUCUGCACACUUGCUUUUUUUCCACAUUUCAGCAUUUAUGUUUGAGCAGCGUUGUGCCUGAUUUAAUCUACUUUAAGAGAGCAUCUUAUUCAUAUGUGAAUUAAUAAUAGCAUAAAACAAAACAUAAGUUUCAAUGAUAUUUUAAUUUCUUUUAUUGUAUUUGUUACGUUACAGUUUGUCAUGGAGUAUGAAAUUGCUUAGGUUAGUUCAUCUGGAGCACAGGGUACUAUUAUGAAGCGCAACUCAUUUGAGCAGAUGUACACAAUCACCUAAACUUCAAAUAAGUAUUGUCUGCAUAUCAUUUUUUUUUUUGCCAAGAUUAUAUUGCAGUUAGAAUUCAUUACAUUUUUUUU